CUCUUUUCAUCCUCAAAAACACAAUCAUUGUUAAUUCGAAAAUUAAUUCUCCGAUCAUUUUUUUUUCCUUCUCCUUUCGGAAAAAACUUCUCUUGCACGAAAAUUUCAACAGGAUUUCUCGUGAAUCAAUCAAAGGCGAAAAAUGGAUUGGGGCACCGUAACCACAGAAGAUCUGAUCGAGGCUCUACGCGAGGUCGACUGGUCAUCUCCGCCGCGUCCGCCAUCUGAAUUCUUCUCCCGAUUUACUUUCCCCCGAUCUUCAUCCAAAUGGAAUAGUCGAGUCAAGUGCAAUCUUUACUACUACCGGACAAAUUACUUCAUUAUGAUUGUGGCUAUUCUUGCACUGGGGUUUCUUAGGAGGCCACUUGCUAUUGUUGCUGCUUUUUUGACCACUCUCAGUAUUGCUUUCCUAAAUGAUAGUUUCGCAGGCACUUUCAGUGAGAAGGUGACAAGAACUGUCAGGCAGUUUUCUCCUCAUUUAGCUGCAAAAAUGAGGCCUCCACUCACGCCUGUUAUUCGAGGGCGUCCAUCUGCUAAACGAGCAAUUUUCAUUUGUGGAAGGCCUCGUUGGGUGUUUGUCUUAAUAUUCUCUCUAGCGAGUUUCUUCCUUUGGUUUGCUUCAUGUGGCCUCUUAACUGUCUUAUGGGCAUUGGCUAUAGGGCUUCUUUCCACUCUUCUUCAUGCAAGCUUUAGGACACCUAAUCUGAAGGCUCGCCUUAACACAUUCCGUGAGGAAUUUCGAGCUGUCUGGCGCAACUAUAGCGAGCUGUAGCUUCCACGGAGUCCAUUUCGUUGGAAUCUUGUUAACGGUAAAGUGAGUAAGUUCAGCUUUGUGCUUCACAGUAGAGAAAGACAGAAGUAUAUUGAUGUGAAUUGUCAAAGAAGAAAAGAGGUGUUAUUUAGAAAUGCAGUACUAGUAUUUAGCUGCAAAAAUCUACAUGAAAUUUCACUCAGCACGCCAUGUUUACACCUUCAUAAUAUUUAGUAGAUUUUAGCAAAAGUGGUGUGUAUUAGACGCACUUUGUGAAACGUUUAGUGUGUAAAAGAUUCUCCGAAAAGGAAAGGUGUGUAAAAGGCAUUUGGUUACAAGCUCUGGGGUAAACUAUGUAUUAAGCCUUAUGUUUCAAGCAUGAUGAGUCACUGUAUCAUUUAUUAUAUCUUCGUGGCAUUUUAUCAUUUGGCACUAAUAUAUAUUUAUUGACUU